UGCUCCUUUCCACAUAUCAGAGUCACAUUCUUUCCAAAACCAGAAAAUGGACCUUCAGUCCUUCACCUUCUUCACUUGAAUCGCAACUUCCCAAAUCCAAAUCUCACAGAGAAACCCUAAUUCAAACCCUAACCCUCCCAAAAUGUCCUCGCCGCUAACCUACCCCGCGGUGCUCGACGACAAGGACCUCGACGACGCCGCAUUGUGGGCCAUGAUCGACUCCGCCACAGCCUCACACUCCUCCUCCAAGUGCAAGUCCCUCGCCUCCGCCAAAUUCCCCAUCCGCCAGCUCCCUUCCCCGAUCUCAAACCCCUCCCCGCCGCCCAAGUUCCGGAAGGUCCUCCGGGACUCUGGCGACAGCGGCGAGGUGGUGCAAGACCCGUGGCCCUACCGCCCUCCGCGGAAGAUCGCGAGGACGUGUCCUUCCGAGGAGAGCAGCCCGCUUGCUCUGGUCAGAAGCGUGCAGAGGACGCCGCCGCCGCUGAAGGGCUUCUCGUCGCCGGCGGCUCAGGAGAUCAGCUGUUACACGGAGGUAUCGCCGCGGUGCUAUGGGAGAAACAACGAGGUGGAGGAGAAGGAGAGCAGCGUGGGGCAUAGCUUGCUUGGAAUGUUCCCUUCGGUUUCGUUGUUUAAGGAGUACCAGAAUGCUGCAAUGGCGAUUUUGGAGAAUACUGAUUACACUUUGAUUUCGGGGCAUCCUUACAUUAAGAAGUCAGGUUGGAGAAAGAUAUCUUGUUACUUCAAUAUUUCUUAUGAAAUCAGGGACAAGAAUAUUGAGUUUGAUGAGAAUCGUAAUGUUCAGCGUGCUGAGUUUGUGAUUCGUGCAUACAUGCAAGGUGGCAGGUUCUCAGACGGAUGGGGCUCUUGUGAUCGACGCGAGAAGAGAUUUCAGAAACCAAAUCAUGAUGUUCCCAGCACUGCAGAGACUAGAGCAAAAAAUAAAGCUUGUCAAGACUUGCUAGGAAUUGGAGAUUACCGACCUGGUGCAACUAGUCAAUUUCGUUGAUGUUAUAAAUAACUCUUGCAACGUUUUAACUUGCCCUAAAAUUUGUUGAGGGAUAAAAUUAACUGAGUUUUUUUCCUCUCUCUUCAAAUGUAUCUUAUUGAUGAAUAGUUGUAAAUCCUGAUAUUGUUGCCAUUUAGCACGUAUUUGGUGCUCACGGCAUUCCAGUUUAAUUGUGCAAGAUGCUAAUUGAGUAACAAAUGUUAUUCAGCAUGAAUAGCCUGUUAUAAGAUUUAAUAAAGGUAUAGUUCGGUUA